AUGGAGACUCUUUCACCAUAUGACGAGUCAGCUCGAGUUUUCAACUGCCUGCCCAACGAUUGUCCUAGCGCUCACUUUCAGGAGAGCAAUCGACUCGGUGAAUUUCUGGUCAGGAACGGCCUUCGCCCGGUCGACUUCACUACAAAUCACGACAGCAUGAUGAAAGAAUGCAAGCCAUGCCAUUCUAACUGUGCCGUUUGUACUGCUUUUGGGACAGCAAAAACCAUGUGUCCAACUUGUCGGCAUGUCUGGUUCCGAGACUCUUGCGUCAAAGUGUGUCCGGCGGGUGAGUCUUGA